AUGAGGUGUGAGCUAUUUAUGCGAAAUCUUGAAGCUAUUGAAGGCCACAAUCCCUAUUUUGUUCAGAAAGUAGAUGCGUGCCAAGUAAGUGGACCGUCCUCUAUUCAAAAAAUGACAUCCUCAAUGCGAAUGCUUGCCUACGGAAUGCCAGCUAAUGCAAAUGGUGAUUACUUGCGUUUAAGACAAUGCACUACGAUUGAAUGCUUCGAACAUUUUUGUCGGGCAAUUAUCGAAAUAUAUGGUGAUGUGUAUUUAAGAUCUUCAACGGUAGAUGAUGUUAGUAGAUUGCUUGCUAUUGGUGAGGCUUGCGGAUUUCCCCCGUUAGCUUCUUAUGACUUGUGGAUUUGGCAUGCCUUUUUUGGAAUGCCGGGAUCCCACAAUGACUGCAAUGUCUUAGAUUGUUCUCUUCUUUUCGAUGAACUUGUCCAAGGGCGAGCUCCUCCCGCUAACUACUCUAUCAAUGGACAUACUACAACAUGGGUUACUAUUUGGCUGAUGGCAUAUAUCCUCAAUGGGCGACAAUUGUUCAAACUAUUUCAUCUCCCUAAUGGCAAAAAAAUAACACUUUUUGAAAAUGCAAGAGUCGGUGAGAAAGAAUGUGGAGUGGGUAUUUGGGGUUCUUCAAGCUUGAUUUGCAAUUGUGCAAAGACCAACAAGGUUUUGGGAUCAUAA